CCGCGCUUCAAUUUCUAACGACCAAAACUGGCGAUUGAGCACAGUGCGCGGAAUCGCGAAGCGUUAAUCUUAAUUAUUGCGCGUGGCCAUUGGGGAACGCACACUCGAAAAUCGAACAGCAACCGGAUAUUAACAGAAGCCGUGGGUAUCGUUUAUUUACCAAGCAGAUGGAAGCGCAUCCGAAUUCUCUUUAAAUUGCAAAAUAACUUCUGUGGAUGGAAGGGAGAAAAAAACUGCACGACUCUUUAACACCGGUAGAGAGCACUCCGUUCCUCAUAUAUUGGAUUUUUUCCCAGAGGCGGCGAGCUGUUUCCUCAGCACCUCGGAAACAUAGUAAAUUGUCUGUCUCAAGGACACCAGCAAAUCUCCGGUCUUGGUUGUGACAAAAACCAUUGGAGCUCACUUUCUUCUCUGCCUCAAGACGACAUUUGAAGCAUAAAGACUCAUUUUGUGAGCCCAUUUUUGGAUUUUAAGACGACCUGAAGUGCAUCUACAGUACAAUACAUACUGACAUGGAAUUAUGGAUAAAGUUGAUGCUGUUGUGCAGUUGCUGUAUCGGAUCAAGUGCGGACUUUGACGGCGGGUGGCCCAGACAGACGGGCUCCUCCAACGGACUGUGCCGCUACGGAACCAGAAUCGACUGCUGCUGGGGCUGGACCCGGCGGUCCUGGGGAAGCUGCGAGCCUGUCUGCCAGUAUGGCUGUAAGCACGGAGAGUGCAUUGGACCGGACAAAUGCAAGUGCUACCCAGGAUUCACCGGGAAGACCUGCAAUCAAGAUCUGAACGAGUGUGGACUGAAGCCACGCCCCUGCAAGCACAGGUGCAUGAACACCUUCGGAAGCUACAAGUGCUACUGCCUCAACGGGUACAUGCUGAUGCCCGACGGGACGUGUGGAAACACCCGGACCUGCGCCAUGGCAAACUGCCAGUACGGGUGCCAGGUGAUGAAGGGCGAGGUGCGGUGCCAGUGCCCGUCGCCAGGGUUACGGCUGGCGCCAGAUGGCAGGACCUGCAUGGACGUGGACGAGUGCGCCGCCGGCAGACCGGUGUGCCCGAGGUUCAGAAAGUGCGUCAACACCUUCGGGAGCUACGUCUGCAAGUGCCACGACGGCUUCGAGCUGCGAUACGUCAAGGGGAAAUACCAGUGCAACGAUGUGAACGAGUGUGUCUCCACCCAGCCCCCGUGCGGGAGCUUCUCCGUGUGCUACAACACGCCGGGCUCCUACAAAUGCAAGUGCAAGGAGGGCUACCGUGGGUCAGGCCACGACUGCAAAGCCAUUCCCAAAGUGACUAUUGAACCCCCCAGGCCGGGAAAAGGAAAAACCCCAACGUCCAACGUCUCCCUUGGCAACAGAAUCCCAGAAUACGAUCCCAGGACCACCACCGUUACCACGACAACUACCACAGUGAGGGCGCCUGUAACUGCCAGGAGGCCCAGACCGACCACAGCAGUGACUGUGCCACCCAAGAGGGCGACCCCUCGCCCCACCCCCGCCCACAGACCGCACAUCACCCCGUACAGGGCGCCCGCAGCCCCCCCCACGCACAAGCCCGCACCCCCGACUCACCGGCCCCCCACCACCGCCACGCCCGUACAGGAGGCCCCCUCAACCACCGCUCGCCGACCUCCCGUCCCAGAGGUCACGACCCCGGACGACAGCUCCCACAACGAGAUCACGCAGAGACCCAGAGGCGACGUGCACAUUCCUCGCAAGCAUGGGGACAGCAAUGUUUUGGAUAUCAAUUUCGAUAUUGAACUGGGAAACGUCGCAGAAGCACUGAAAGAUGACUCAGAUGCCAGUUCUCUAAGCUGUACUUUUGAUAACGGUAUGUGCGGCUGGAUCAGAGACGGCGACGGCGACUUGCACUGGGAAACAGCACCAGAUCCGGCAGGCGGGAAAUAUCUGACGAUCCCCGAGGUGGGGGGCAAGAGGAGCGGACGCGGGGCGCGCCUGGUCCUCCCGCUGAGCAAGGCCUGGAAUUCGGGGAACCUGUGCCUCUCCUUCCGGCACAAGCUGUCGGGACACCGCGUGGGCGCGCUGCAGGUGUUCGCCCAGAGGGGGGGGCAGGACAGCCCGGCCGUUUGGGGCAGGACGGGGGGGCAAGGCUGGAGGCACACCCAGAUCACGCUGUGGGACGCGGCGCUGGAGAGCGUGAUCUUGAAGGGCGAGCGCAGAAAAGGUCGCAGUGGAGAGAUGUUGGUGGAUGACCUCAGUCUGAUGAAAGGCUCCUGCUCUGAGGAGCACAAUCUGAGGAGACUUUAACAGAACCACCGGGAGCAGUCGGAUGCAGCCCCCCCUCCCCUCCCCUCUCCAGAAGAGUCCUGAAAGGCCAGCGAAAAAAGGCUGGGGAAGGAACUCUGAAGAAGAGCGUGACUUUGAACGCAGGCAAGGUGUUCCAGCAGUCUUUCUCCCCCCCCCCCCCCGUUCGGUUCUUCUCAUCCGUUUCCUGUGCAUGCCGUCCCUGCGCAGAGCAUCGCAUUCCUGACGUGGAGGGCAAAGCGCGCUCGCUCACGCAGUCAGGAGGCCUCUUUUCAGGCGCGCAGAACCGCAGAGUUUUUCUCGCUGGCGUGGGGAUCGUGGGGAUGCUCUGGCUCUGUGCUUUUCCACCUCACAAAAAAAAAAUCUUGUUACAUUACUACCCCUUUGAACAGUAGGUUUUUUGGAAUGUUUUUGUUUUCUUUUUUUCAAAAUUCACAGUCAGUGUUCCAGAACCCCAUUUCUUUCAGUUAACAGCAGUGAUUGUCACAUCGGCGUUAGAAUGUUCAGUUAAGAACAUUCUAAUUGCAUUUUUGUGGUCUUACACCUUAAAGGGUUAAAGGGUGUGUCUGUGAUGAUGUCAUGCUCAGCCCUCCAAUCAGUUUAGACACCGGUUUGGGAAUGCUUAAUUUUAAGAGUCCCUUUGUGGAACCAUAUUUAAAAAAAUGUAAAAAUGAAUUUAUGGAUUUAAAUAUUCUAAAUAAGUAGCACAGGCAUUAAGUAAUAAUAUACAAUAAAUGCCGCCUAAGCCAUAAGUACGUAAAACCUGUUUAUUAUUAAAAGUUAUUAUUGACUAACGCAGCCAACUUAAUUAUCCUUUUAUAAAAGAUUAUUUAUUUUUUACUAUUUAGGAUGCAGUUCAGGACCCAGUUUGUUUUGUAUUUAAAUGUCUAUUUAUUUGAAAGUAAACAAAAGUAUCUUAUCCGUGAGCCGUGAUUUUUCGCUUUAUUUUUCUAUUGCACAAACCCAUGCCUGCUUUUACCAGUGGAAAAUCAGUAUGGUGAACACACACACAAAUCUAGGACAUUGUUCACUACCCAGCUGCCUAUAGGUAUAAUGUCACAGAGUUAUUAUAGUGUAGGUGUAAUAUUACAUCUCAGUAAUAUUACAUCUUCUCAAACUGUCUUAGUUUUCUUUUGUGCAGAUCAGCAGGCACAGUUUUUUCCUCAUUCUCUGAAUAAAUAAAUAAAUAUAUACAUUCAAAUCUCCACUCAGACCACAUUAUACAUUUUCGCUCCUGAGGCACAUAGUCUUUCACUCUUCCGGACAUUUUCAGCACACUGAAGUAGUUUCACACGCGCUUAAAACACUGCAGAGGUGAGCUAUGACACCUUAUGAGCUGUGAUAUGCUGCCUUUUCUUUUUUUUUUUCCUUCUCAACCUGUCAUCACCUAUACCUUAUUUUUUAGUUCAUUAAGUUUUCAAUCAAUGUCUAAUUCGGACAGGUGACGAAAAUGGCUGAAUGAGCAUUGCCAUUGUGGAAUAACCAAUGUGCUAUGUGCUGUGGUCUUAAUGGUGCUGUUUGUUGAUGAUGAUGAUGACGAUGUUGAUGGAUUAUUUUCAUUAUGUAUACCAUAAAGUGUAUUACUGGAAA